UCAUUUCGAUAAGAAGAGGUUCUCAUUUCUUCUUCAUCCACACAAUACAAAUUCCUCCCUCAUCUCUACUUCUAUUCAUUCCAAAACCAAAAGAGAGGAUAACAAAACAAAUCCUCUUCUCUUCACUCUCAAUUCAACUAUGGCAAUUUCAAUUUCUUCUUCUUCUUCCACCAAACUCAAACUCUCAUCACCCUACCCACCACACACUCACACCUUCACCACUUCCUCUUCCGCUUCCAUUUCCAACCCCUCCACCACUCAUCGUCCCAAACUAACCCUAACUCACCUCUCCUCCUCCUUCCUCAACCCCUCCACAAUCCUCCACCUCACCCCUUCCUCCAAACCCACCCCCACUCGCUCCUCCCCUUUCACCGUCCGUGCCGCCCGUGGCAAAUUCGAGCGCAAAAAGCCUCAUCUCAACAUUGGAACCAUCGGCCAUGUCGACCAUGGCAAAACCACUUUAACCGCUGCUCUUACUAUGGCUCUCGCUUCUCUAGGUAACAGCGCCCCUAAAAAAUACGAUGAAAUUGACGCUGCUCCUGAAGAACGUGCUCGUGGUAUUACAAUUAAUACUGCUACUGUUGAAUAUGAGACUGAAACUCGUCAUUAUGCUCAUGUUGAUUGUCCCGGUCACGCUGAUUAUGUCAAGAAUAUGAUUACCGGUGCUGCUCAGAUGGACGGCGCUAUUCUUGUUGUCUCCGGUGCCGAUGGUCCUAUGCCUCAAACCAAAGAACACAUCCUUCUCGCCAAGCAGGUUGGUGUUCCGAGUGUGGUUGUUUUCUUGAACAAGCAGGACCAAGUGGAUGAUGAGGAGCUUCUUGAACUUGUUGAGCUUGAAGUUCGGGAGCUUCUAUCGUCUUACGAGUUUCCUGGAGAUGACAUUCCGAUUGUUUCUGGUUCAGCGCUAUUGGCGUUGGAAGCGUUAGUGGCGAACCCUACUAUUAAACGUGGUGAUAAUGAGUGGGUGGAUAAGAUUUAUAAACUUAUGGAUGAAGUUGACAACUAUAUACCAAUCCCUCAAAGACAAACGGAACUCCCCUUUUUGCUAGCUAUUGAGGAUGUGUUUUCAAUCACUGGUCGUGGAACAGUUGCCACCGGAAGAAUUGAAAGGGGGCUUGUUAAGGUUGGUGAUGUAGUUGACCUUGUUGGUUUGAGGGAAACGAGGAGCACUACAGUGACGGGAGUGGAAAUGUUUCAGAAGAUUUUGGACGAUGCUAUGGCUGGUGAUAAUGUGGGUUUGUUGCUGAGAGGUGUUCAGAAGAUUGAUAUUCAAAGAGGGAUGGUUUUGGCUAAGCCUGGAACUAUUACUCCUCACUCUAAGUUUGAAUGUAUUGUGUAUGUUUUGAAGAAGGAAGAAGGUGGAAGACAUUCACCUUUCUUUGCUGGUUAUAGGCCUCAGUUUUACAUGAGAACUACAGAUGUUACCGGAAAAGUUACAUCUAUCAUGAAUGACAAGGAUGAGGAGUCGAAGAUGGUGAUGCCCGGUGAUCGUGUUAAGAUGGUGGUUGAACUCAUUGUCCCUGUGGCUAUUGAACAAGGAAUGAGGUUUGCUAUUAGAGAAGGAGGGAAGACCGUUGGAGCUGGUGUUAUCGGAGCUAUCAUUGAGUGAAUGAAGAUUACUAUCCAGUUGCUGCAUCAUCACUCUUCAAAUGGAGUUUCUUUUUAUUUAUUUAUUUUUGAUGCAAUCAAUUAAUUGACUUUUGCCCUUCAUACAACUUGUCUGCGGUAAUUUUAUAGGGUUAAAUUUAACUUUCGGAUUGUCUUUAGUCGAAUUGGAUACUAUUUUUCCAUCGGGAUGUUUUGUAAGUUGUUGUUGUUACCUGCUUAUACUUGUUUGUUCUCUUAUUGUUGAGUUCCUUAAAUUGCAUCAAUGAUGAGAUUGUGUUGAGGGAUCAACUGUUACAGUUUUACCCUUCAUUAGAUAUAGUUGAAUGUCA